AUGCAUACACUACUCCAAACACUCGAGAAGGCUGGCGAGGAGGGUAUUAAGAUGCUCUGUGCCGACAAGUACUUCCGGCAACAGCACCCAAUUCUUGCCGCAUAUCUUGCUGAUCAUCCAGAGUGUUGCCUGGUCAGUUGCUGCGACGAGAAUCAAUAUACUGGGUGUGAAGUCCAUCCGAAUAAACGCGGUGACCCGAUUUCUUCUCCCCUUCGGGAUCCCCAGCAAACCCUCCGUAUACUGCGUCAGCACGCUAGCAGGCUACAACCACCCGAGUUCGAAGGACUUGGCCUUCGCCAUAUUGACCCUUUCUGGAAAAAGCUGCCGCAUUGCAAUAUCUAUCAGUGCUUCCAACCAGAUCUUCUCCACCAGCUGCACAAGGGUGUCUUCAAAGACCAUACCGUAUCCUGGGCAACUGCUUCACUGGGUGGGUCAAACGCGGCCAAUGACCGAGCGAUCGACAAGUGUUUCCAAAUCAUGGUCAAUCACCCUAGCCUUCGCCAUUUCCGCCAGGGCAUUUCCCUUGUAUCCCAAUGGACGGGAAACGAGUAUAAGAAUAUGGAGAAGGUGUUUCUAGGUGUAUUGAGCGGUGUUGCUGGAACGCAGGUCCUGCUUUGCGGUGCGAGGAAUCCUUGA